AUGGCAAACGUCGAGUUCGAAAUCCCAGAUCACAAAGAAGAAAUCCGCAAAUUUGCCUGCCUUGAAAACCUUUCCAAGCACCAAGGCAAUGCGGUGACUAUCCUUGGUAAAAUGAAAGCACGAAAGAGCGAGACCUCGAUCACAAUCUGGGAUGGCUCUGGCGAUGUCACUCUCACUGCCAACGCCGCGGAGUUCUUCGAAUUUCUCAUGGAGGACAACUACCUCGUCGCCGAAGGAUAUGUCAAAAGCGACAAUGAAAUCGAAGUCCGAGAAGUCUCCGAGCUUGAAGAUGCCAACGACGAAACCUUGAAGCUCAGAGCUCAAACUGCACUCAUGAUGGACAAGUGGUCCGGCGUCGUCUACGCUCAAUAG